GUUCGGGCUCUCCACUACAGUGGCCAACGAAAGGCUGGUCGAGCAGAUCGAGGCCGUGGUCGGCGAGUUCCUGGAGCUCGUCAAGGUCGUGACCUGGAGGGCAAGGCUCAGCUUCCUGCAGACGCAGGAGGGCGCCAUCGCGCCCCUGGUGGUGCUGGCCCUGGUGGUCUUCGCAGUCUUGACCGGUGACACCUGGCUGGUUGGAGAGGCUUCCGUUGAACAUCUGGAUGACUUGAAGACGAAUCCUUUCGCCUCGGCCGAAUGUUCGUAG